GGCUAUGGCCAUGGUGACCGGCGGCUGGGGCGGCCCCGGAGGCGGCGGGGACACGAACGGUGUGGACAAGGCAGGAGGUUACCCGCGCGCGGCCGAGGAAGACUCGGCCUCACCCCCCGGCGCCGCCAGCGACGCGGAGCCGGGCGACGAAGAGCGGCCGGGGCUGCAGGUGGACUGCGUGGUGUGCGGGGACAAGUCGAGCGGCAAACACUACGGCGUCUUCACCUGCGAGGGCUGCAAGAGCUUCUUCAAGCGGAGCAUCCGCCGUAACCUCAGCUACACCUGCCGGUCCAAUCGUGAUUGCCAGAUCGACCAGCAUCACCGUAACCAGUGCCAAUACUGCCGCCUCAAGAAGUGCUUCCGGGUGGGCAUGAGGAAGGAGGCGGUCCAGCGUGGCCGCAUCCCGCAUUCACUGCCGGGCGCUGUGACUGCCUCCUCGGGCAGCCCCCCGGGUUCUGUGCUGGCUGCAGCGGUAGCGGGCGGGGACCUUUUCCCGGGGCAGCCUGUGUCGGAGCUGAUCGCGCAGCUGCUGCGCGCCGAGCCCUACCCCGCGGCGGCCGGGCGCUUUGGCGCAGGCAGUGGUUCCUCGGGCGCAGUGCUGGGAAUCGACAACGUGUGUGAGCUGGCUGCGCGGCUGCUGUUCAGUACAGUGGAGUGGGCGCGCCACGCGCCCUUCUUCCCUGACCUGCCGGUGGCCGACCAGGUGGCGCUGCUGCGCUUGAGCUGGAGCGAGCUGUUCGUGCUGAACGCUGCACAGGCUGCGCUGCCCCUGCACACGGCGCCGCUGCUGGCCGCAGCUGGUCUGCACGCCGCGCCCAUGGCCGCUGAGCGUGCAGUGGCCUUCAUGGAUCAGGUGCGUGCCUUCCAGGAGCAGGUGGACAAGCUGGGCCGCCUGCAGGUCGACUCCGCAGAAUACGGCUGCCUCAAGGCCAUCGCGCUGUUCACACCUGAUGCCUGUGGCCUCUCGGACCCAGCACACGUGGAGAGUCUGCAGGAGAAGGCACAGGUGGCCCUCACCGAGUAUGUUCGGGCCCAGUAUCCGUCCCAGCCCCAGCGCUUUGGGCGCCUGCUGCUGAGGCUCCCGGCCCUGCGCGCAGUCCCUGCCUCCCUCAUCUCCCAGCUGUUCUUCAUGCGCCUGGUGGGCAAGACACCCAUCGAGACGCUGAUCCGAGACAUGCUGCUGUCCGGGAGCACCUUCAACUGGCCCUACGGCUCGGGCCAGUGACUGGACAGGACCCAGGGCUCCGUGGCCUGGUCUGCAGACCUCAAGGGGUAUGGCUGCUUGAGCCUCAGGGGGCAUCCCCAGACAGAGGACCCCAGCCUCUCUCCUCAGACUCCUAUUUUUUAAAGACUGUGAAAUGUUUGUCUUUUCUGUUUUUUAAAUGAUCAUGAAACCAAAAAGUGACUGAUGGUCCAGGCUCCGGCCUCGUCCUCCCAAGAACCCCCUGGCCAAGAUGGGGGAGGAACUGAGGUUCCAAUCCUGGGACAGUCUUGUCCCUCAGCACCUCAGGCAUGAACUUGUGGGAUGGUGAGGUUGGCUGCCCUGGUGUGAUGGACAGAGGCCUGGCGUCUGGAUGGGAGGGGCGGCCACAGCCAGGCAGGGGUCGUGUGCAUCAGGUGGCUUCCUCUGGACACGUGAUCCAUGUUGGACACUACAUGGUUAAUGAAUUAAGGCCAAUUAAUAAAGGUAUUUCCUACCUGCA